CUUCCUGGAAGGUCAUGUCACAUGGAACCUCUUAAUCUCAGCAUCCGGAGCUCCAGGAAGGGAAAAUUUCAAGUCAGAUAGAAUUCUAUAUAUACCAUUUCUUUGGAACCUUCAGUCCUCAAGAUUCCAACAUCAUGACCUCAGUUUCAACACAGUUGUCCUUAGUCCUCAUGUCACUGCUUUUGGUGCUGCCUGUUGUGGAAGCAGUAGAAGCCAGUGAUGCAAUCGCCCUUUUGUUAGGUGUGGUUCUCAGCAUUACAGGCAUUUGUGCCUGCUUGGGGGUAUAUGCACAAUAAAGAAAAGGACAGAUGUGACUUUGAAAGGCCUACUGAGUCAAACCUCACCCUGAAAACCUUUGUGCUAUAGAGGCUAACCCUGAGCUUUGGUGUGUGAAAGGUUCCAAGAAUCAGUAAAU